AUGGUUGGCUUUGAAGAGCAGGGGAAGGGCCACCAGUCAAAGACGCAGGCGCCUCCAGAAGACGAAAAGGGAACGGCUUCUCCCCUGGGGCCUCUAGAAGGGAGCUCUGCGCCCACAACCACGAGCAUCGUCUCUGAGAUGGGCCGCACCCCGGAUGUCUGCUCACUCUCAGCCGAGCACCUCCACCCCAGAACCGGCGGUCGGCCCCCUGGAAGGCGAGUCGGGGCCACCCCUUUCUUCCAAGUGGCUCCGGACGUUCAGGGCGAGGGCUUCACUGCUCUCCGGCCCAGAGCAGGCAGCCCCUUCCCGUGGCCCCCGCCUCCCCAUGGGGGUGUGCUGAGCUGUGAGAAGCGCGAGCCUCCCCUUUCUCUGUGUUGA